CUGUAACGCAACACGGAAGUGACGGCCCGCCUUCGCAGAAAACGUUGUUUUGCUUCAUCUUCAGCUACUUUUCAGCCAAGAAGACACCUGUUUUACAGUCAAACUUCACUAUGUCUUCAGAUUUUGAAGCCUAUGAACAGGACUUUGGAACCCUGACAGCAGAAAUAACCAACAAAAUUGGAAGGAUUCCCAAAUUAGGUGGAGAGGAGAAGACACAGCUGGUUCUAAAUGUCGACAAACAGCUCGAAGAAGUCAGAGAGUUGAUGGAGCAGAUGGAUCUGGAGGUGCGUGAGCUCCCCAUCCAGAGCAGAGCCAUGUACCAGAGCAGACUGAAGAGCUAUAAGGGGGAGAUGGACAAGCUGGAGAAAGACUUCAAAAGGUCACGUAUCGCCUACAGUGAUGAGGUGCGGAACGAGCUCCUGGGGGAAGACGCUGGCUCCUCUGAGAGUCAGAGAGCACAUCUGUUGGACAACACAGAGAAGCUGGAAAGGUCAUCUCGGAGGCUGGACGCAGGCUACCAGAUAGCAGUGGAAACCGCCGCCUUGACGACUGGUGACAUUUUCAGGAGCACAUCAAAGGUGAGCGAGGGAGAAAGAGGUGUACGGGGCGACAGAGCGGGCUACGCCGCUCUGUGUUCGGCUCCCGGAAAAGCACGCGCUCUUCUUCUCCCAUGCAUCUGUCUGGCUGUGAGUGAGAGGUGUUUGUUGUUGUUGUAGCUCAUCUGAAAAUAAACAACAUCAGCGUUUCCUCCGAUACUUCUUCAUUCGGAGAACCAAUCAAAACGCAAUAAACAUCACUAAAUAAAUCGGCCCUCUAGAACAGAAAAUCAGGUUUUAUCCUCACGAUCAAGGUUUGUUUUUAUCUUUUAUAUAUAGGAAAAUGAGACUCAUUUGGAUUUGAAACCAGUCCUUUUAUUUUCUGACAUUAUUGAGUCACAGUGUAUUCCUUCGAGAGAUAUCAAAGCUCAUUCUUGAAGUUUUAACUGGCUUUCUUUGGCUUCCGCUGUAGUUUUGAAAAGUUUCUUAAUUUACACUAUAAUAGAGGGGUGGCACGUGUGUGUGACAUCGACAGAUUUAAUAAUUCAAUUCGAGAAAGGGGUGCACAGACUGCCUUUUGAUGUUCAGUAAGUAGAACUCACACAUUCAUAAAUACAAUCUGCAUUCUCUGCUUAAAAAUGUUGUUUCAUAUGAUUCUCCGAUGAUCUCCGAGACUUAUACUAUUCCUGUUUUCAACGUGUCGAACUCUGUGGCAGCCCGUAUUUUGAUUCCAUUCAGUCGUAUCUUUCAGUCGAAUGGCUCGUUUUGAUGUUUUGUCAUGCCCGUUGGUUGGUGUUAAAGAAAUGUGCUGUGGUCUAACCGCGUUCUCUACCUCCUGGGUCCCAGUCCUUUCCACAGUAAAGGCUAGCAGCGCGCCCUCUGACCCCUCGUCGCCAGUGGCCAUCUCAUCCGCUCUGUGUGUGCGGCUAACUGAGAACAAUGUCUGUUUAUCAAUGCCCCUGGUCCCCCACACACUGCUCAGAUCCACACCGGCAGUGGGGUGUUUGGGGUUUGGUGGGGUAUGAGCUUUUGCCCCAUUGUAUUUAAUCCCCUGACGUCCCCGGCCCUCCGCUCAGAUGCACAACCUCAAACAGCAAACGGUCAGGGAGGACCAACGCUCAGAACACAACUAGGUAGCAACAGAACAGACACGUUGUGAACUCUGUCAGACUACUAACAACAGAAAAGCUGCAGUAUGUCGAGGACCCAGACACACAAAGAAUAUAUGCACUGAGAGCCCGAACAUUGACAAGCGUCAUCCAUCCAAGUGGUUUGUGAAUUGAAGUGGGCGAAUGACCCCUUUUUUGUCCAGUUUUCCUGCAUCCGGCAUCCAGUCGCAUUGUGAACCAAUCCUGCUUCACCACCCUGUGCUGCAUAUUUACAUCAGUGGACAAUCACACCACCACAACACAUGAUCAAAUACUGUGGAGAAAUUCAGAUUAUUUUUCAAAUCUUUUUGUGUUUGAUUGUAUUUCAGUGAGGAGAACUGGGCAAGCACUCAAUUCACCUGUUUGGCAGAGUAAAUGGCUCAUUCAGUUAUCUCACUUUAAAACAAAAAGAGAUUGAUGAUGAUGAUAAUAAUAAUGACAAGAGUAUGGCUUUUAUUAAUCGAUCUGAAUAUAUUUCUACAUGUUAAAUAUGGCGGCGGGUAGCCUAUCGGUUAAGAGUGUUGUGCCAGUAACCAAAAGGUCGCUGGUUGGAAUCCUGAAGCGACUAAGUGAAAAAUCUCUGUCCCCUUAAGCAAGGCACUGUACCUGAAUUUCUCCUGUAAGAUGCUCCGGAAAAGAGUGUCUGCCAAAUGACUAAAAUGUAAAUGUAAACUGUUAUAGGAUACACUUUGAAAUGUUGAAUGUAGGGGUGUAUUGUCUACAAAGGGUUAAAGAAUAAUAAUUUGUGCAGAAGAGUUGUCCAAUCAACAACUCACUCUGGUUGUAAAUAGACUUUGUUACCAGAAACCUGAACUCUACUCAAGAGGCUAAUAAAACCACUCUUAGUGAAGAACAGUUAAUGAAGCUAUUUCACAAUAGUUCAAAGUUACCUUCCAAAUCCACACAAUAUAUAAUUAUGCCCCAUACAGUAGGUACUAUAAUUGACCAAUUCGGAGUAAUAAAUAUAUUUUAAAGAAGGUUUCUCUUUUCUGUCAAAGAGAGAAAUCCUGAACAAAGGAAGAGAGAAAGAUGGAGCUUCAACUGCUGCUUGGCAUCGAUAACAUUCCACUUAAUGACCACAAAUCACAAAAUGCCAGUGUACCAUGAGGUCACUUUUAUAAAAGAAGAGCUUUUCGAGAUGGUGAAUCUUAACAGAUCUUAACAGAAUAUCAUUUUUCUCUUUCAAUUUAAGGGAUUUAUUGGCAUGGGAAAGA